AUGUGGAAAGAUUGAUGUUCAGGUAGAUUCUCAAAAGCAUUUAUGAACGCGACGUAUCGGCUUAUAGGGAGACGCGAUCUACUUUUUUUUUAUAUCCUUGCAAGAACAACGCAAGAACAGCGCGUUUUUUUCGAGUUAGACAUAAAAUAAGUUCCGCUAAAAUGCCAAUUAGCAAUAAGGUACAAUCGAAGUUGAACUCAGUACAGAAUAAAAGAAAAACUUCUACCCCAGUCGCAACACAAAGUAGCCUUCUUUCGUUUCUUAAGAAAGAAGUACCAGUAGAAGCUAACAAUGAAAGAAAAGCUUCCGAGAAACUCGAGCUACCUCUUACUCCUGUAACUCCUAAAUCUCGGCGGGAGAAAAAUAUGCAAAAUAUCGAUAACGAGCAAGUAAAUAAUGUAGAAACUACGAGUAUCGCCGAGAUAACCGAAGAGUCAACUUCGGGGGAAAGGGUUUUGAGACGAAGAGUUAAACGUAAAAUUUACGUUUCUUCUGAUGAUGAUGAUUCGAAUGAUAAGCACGAUUCCACAGAUCCUCCUUCAAAAAAACCUCAUACUAAUAUUGAUGAUGACUAUGUCGAUAAUUGUGAACAAAAAGAAAGUGAUGAUUUUGAUAUGAAUGAUGAAGCUGCUAGUGAGGAUGAUUCGGAAGAUAAUUCAAUGGCAAAAUCUUAUCAGAAAAACCGAAAUAAAAAUUCAAAUAUCGUACAGUUCAAAUUAAAGGGAUUUUCCUCGAGUUCAUCUUCUCGCCGAGGUUCGAGUUUCUCAUCUUCAGCUCAUAUGACUAAUACUGAGAAAAAGAAGCAACGUGCUGUGGAUUUUAAAGCCAAGAAUGAAGAGCGAUACAGCUGGCUGCAAAAUGUUUGUGAUGUGGAUGGAAAUCUUGAAGGAUCACCUAAUUACGAUCCACGUACUUUGUACGUUCCUAAAUCCGCGAAGUUUACUCCGUUCGAAAAACAAUACUGGGAAAUCAAAUCUAAUCACUGGGAUACUGUUGUAUUUUUCAAGAAAGGAAAAUUUUAUGAGUUGUAUGAACGUGAUGCAGAUAUAGGUCACACAGAAUUCGACCUUAAACUUACAGAUCGUGUCAAUAUGCGUAUGGUCGGCGUACCCGAGUCUUCUUUUGAAUAUUGGGCAGCUAAGUUUAUAGCAAAAGGUCACAAGGUCGCAAGAGUUGAUCAAAUGGAAACAGCACUUGGCAAAGAGAUGCGCGAAAAAGCGAGCAAGAAUAAGGAGGAAAAAGUUAUAAGACGCCAGUUAACUUCUAUUCUUACUGCCGGAACAAUUGUAGAUGGUGGAUUAUUAACUGAUGAAAUGUCAACUUAUUGCAUGUCAAUUAAAGAACAUUGUCCAAACGAAAUUGAUCCACCUUCUUAUGGCGUUUGUUUUGUUGAUACUGCGACCGGCGAAUUCAAUCUUGCGUCAUUUGUUGAUGACAUUGAUAGGACCCAAUUCGAAACUUUAAUCAUGCAAGUCAAACCAAAAGAAAUAGUAUAUGAAAAAGGAAUGCUCAGUAAACGUUCACAGCGCAUUUUAAAAACAUGCAUUAAUUGCCCAAUAUGGACCGGGCUGAUACCUGAAAGAGAAUUUUGGGAUGCUAAUGCGACUUGGGAUGAGAUUAGGUUUUCUCGAUAUUUUUCUAAUAAACCAAAGAAUUCAUCUGAUCAAGAUGAUGUCAUCAAUGAAGAUAAUGAUAAUGAAUAUAAACCGGAAACUUGGCCUGAAGCUAUUAAAAUAUCCCGGAACAAGCCUUUAAUGUUGUCCGCUUUAGGCGGACUGAUUUGGUAUUUACGUUCAUUGAAACUUGACGAGGAACUAGUAUCAUUGCGAAACUUCAGAAUAUAUGACCCGAUUUGUCAUAGCACUUCACUAAUCCUCGACGGUCAAACUUUGGCGAAUCUUGAAAUUUUCGAGAAUAACUUAAAUGGAAGCGAUCAAGGAACUGUAUUUAAAUUGUUAAAUCAUUGCAUCACACCAUUUGGAAAGCGAACUUUUAAACAAUGGUUGUGUCAUCCGCUUCGAAAUGUAGAUGAUAUUAAUGAACGAUUGGAUGCUAUUGAAGAAUUAAAUAAACAUCCUGGUUUUCGAGAAUUAUAUGACGAAACAUUUUUACAUUUUCCAGAUCUGGAAAGAUUAAUCAGUCGGAUUCAUGCAGGAACAUGCAGAGUAAAAGACUUUUUACUCGUAUUAACUUCUUUCGAAAAGCUAAUGGAUACAGUAGAUAAAUUUAAAGAAUAUGCAAAACAAUUUUAUUCGGGUAAAUUACUUAAAUUAAUUGGGAGCGUACCGGAUCUGUCUCCCAUGUUGUUAUAUUUUAAAGAAGCUUUUGAUCAUGAUCAAGCUGAAAAAGAGGGGAAAUUAUUACCUUAUCCUGGAAUCGAACAGGAUUAUGAUGAAAUUAAUCAAAAACUUUGCACGGUUGAGAAGCAACUAGACGAUUAUUUGAAAGAGACAAAAAAAUUAUUGAAGUCUGAUAAGAUUGUAUACAAAGAUAUUGGAAAGGAAAUUUAUCAGCUUGAAGUUCCAAAUGGUAUAAAGGUUCCAAAUGAUUGGAAGAAGUUGUCGUGUACUCGGAAAGUAAAUCGUUAUUGGAACUCUACUCUCCAAAAAUUUAUAAGAGAUCUUCAAGAAUCACUUGAGACUAAAUCCAAUAUUUUAAAAUCUCUACAAGGAAGAUUUUAUGAAAAAUUUGAUGCUCAUUAUCAAAAGACGUUAUCCGCGGUUAAAAUCAUUUCAGAGAUAGACUGUUUGCUCAGCUUGGCUGCUAGUUCAAAGGCAUUGGGAGAACCAUCGUGUCGACCUCAAUUCGCGCAAGAUGGACCAAGUGUCUUGGAAUUCGAAGAACUAAGACACCCCUGCGUUACGCCCAGCAUUGCGACAGAUUUUAUACCCAACGACACAUAUUUGGGAGGUGACAAUCAAAAUAUUAUCUUAUUGACCGGUCCUAAUAUGGGUGGAAAAUCCACAUUCUUGCGUCAGAAUUGUGUAGCAAUUAUUAUGGCACAGUUAGGUUGUUGCGUGCCUGCAAAAAAAUGUCGCUUGACACCCUUUGAUAGAAUCUAUACACGCAUUGGCGCAAAUGAUAACAUCCUAGCGGGACAGAGCACUUUCAUGGUAGAAUUAAACGAAACUUCAAAGAUUUUACAUGAAGCGACACCAAGAUCUAUGGUCAUUCUUGAUGAAUUAGGUCGCGGUACUUCAACCUUUGAUGGGUAUGCUAUUGCCUAUUCGGUUUUACAUUAUUUGGCAACGCACAUCGGUUGUUUGGGACUAUUUUCUACUCAUUAUGGCAUGUUAACACAAGAAUUUGACAAGAAUCCUAAUGUCGCUCUUAAACAUAUGAGCUGUCAAGUUGAUCAACACAAAAAAGAGGUUACUUUUCUUUACAAGUUAGUACCUGGAGUAUGUCCCAAAUCCUAUGGAAUGAAUGUGGCUAAUAUGGCAGGAGUUCCGCGAGAAAUUGUAGAUCGUGCGGAAGUUACCGCUGCUAAAUUCGAACAAACUUCGCGCUUGCACGAUACUUUAACUGCUAAUGGCUCUAAUGUAGCAAUUUCAACGCAGUGUGAUUUCGUAUUUAUGUUGAAGUCUGCAUUUAAAAAAAUUGAUGAUGAUGUAGGUGAUAGAGCAUUAGAUAAUCAGACUGAACAUGAAAAGGAGAAGAGACAGACUAGAGUGUUGAAAACUAUUAUAAAUAGGAUUAAGAACGACAGAUAACAAUUUGACUUCAUAAUUAGUAGUAUAUUAUGAGAUACCAGCUUGAGGAAUUUAAAUACAUACAAAAUAUAGCAAUUUCUGUUUCAAUCAUAUGUAUUAAUAUUAAUAAAACCCUGAUUGGCGGUUGAUUUCAUUUACCAUAUAACCAUGUAUAAAAUGCUGAUGAGGAUCAAAAAAAGCUCGGGCACGUGAUUCAUGUGAUUUGACUGUGGCUAAGUGUGGCUA